UGGAAUUCUUAAAGGGCUCUUAUUAUAACAAAACCUUUUUCUUGACAAAAAUACACAUUUUUCCCCCAUAUUGCACUCCUUUAUCCUUAAAUAUUUUUUUUCUAAAUUUUAUCACAAAUUUUGUUUUUAAUUAUAGAAAUGAAUGAAUUAGAAGGGGGAUGCAUAAUCAACACAUCAACUAGAACAGCAAUUCUAAUAGAACAUGAAGAUCCCGAUUCCCGUGAUUCUGGUAUUUCAAUUUCCUCUGGCUCAUCCGGCACGUCUUCUUUUUCUGAUGCUUCCAAUCAGGCAGUUUUAUGUCGCAUUUCUAAAGAAGUAUGGGAUUCUCCUGAUGAAUGCAAGAAUUACUCCUUGCCAGCGGUUAAAAAUCCUCAUAAACAUGGUCCUGCAUAUCGAAGUAUUGGCUCAGAAACGCUUUCUUUUUUGUUGGAAUCACUUUCUGAAGAGGAAUUUUUGUCGAAUUAUGUGCUCAUAGAUUGCCGAUAUCCUUUUGAAUUCAAUGCUGGACAUAUUAAGUAUUCUGUGAAUGCCUACAAUCUAGACGACGUCAUUUCUUUAUUUUUUCCAAAACAAAAAGGUCAAUUCAACGAAGCUAAACGACGCAUUCCUAUCUUCUAUUGUGAAUACUCAUCAGUGAGGGGUCCAAAUAUGGCUGCGGCACUUCGCCAACAUGAUCGUAUUCUAAAUGAACAUCGGUAUCCAUACAUUGACUACAAUGAAAUCUACCUACUUGAUCGAGGCUAUCAGCAAUUUUUUAAAGAUCCGAGAUUCGCAAAAUUCUGUUUUCCACAAUCAUAUGUUGAAAUGAAGGAUGAAAAAUAUGUAAAAGAGCUCGUCAACUAUGACGCUCAUCUUAAACGUGCCAGGAAACGGAUGAAACGUCCUCAGUUGUUAUAUACCCCCUCUAGUCACAGGCGAGUUUCUUCUCUUCCUUUUCUCUCUAAAAAUUUAAAAAAUUAGUUGAAAAAAUUAAAUUAUCUCUAUUUUUUGUAAAGAAUUUAAAAACCUCCUCCUCCAAUUUUUCUUUUAUUUUUCCGUUUCCUUUUUUUCUGUUGUAAAGUAUAUUGUAUGAAAAAAUAUUGUCCAAAAUUUAUUUUACUCCAAAAUUUAUUCUAUUGUAAAAGAAUUGAAAGAAGAAAAAAC